AUGGCCCUUAACUUUGACUGUUUGUCAAACCUUCUGUGCGAGGAAGAUGCAGAUUGGGAUGAUCAGGUCACAAGUUCGAGCUUUCCCAAGGACAAGGUGGAGAAUUUAAAGAGCAUUGAGCUCGCUAGACUGCCAGAUUUUCCUGUUGAAGAGGAGGAGAUGAUAUCUUUGUUAGUGCAGAAGGAGAAAGAGCAUCUUCCCUGGGAAGACUACGUUGAGCAUUAUCUAAACCUCGAUUUAGAUAUCACGGCUCAUCGAGAAGCAAUCAACUGGAUGCACAAGGUUAAAGUGCAUAAUAGUCUGAGUCCACUUACAACAUACUUAUCAAUAAAUUAUUUGGAUCGCUUCCUGUCAAGCUAUGAAUCGCAGCAAGGUAUAGGCUGUCCGUUACAGUUAUUAUUGGUUGCGUGCCUGUCACUCGCAACGAAAAUGGAGGAUAAGGUUCCGCCGAUUAUUGAUUUACAGGUCGGAGGUGCAAAUUUUGAUUUCGAAGCUAAAGCAAUAUACGAAAUGGAAGUCAAAAUUCUAACAACGUUGAAAUGGAGAUUAUGCUCCAUUACACCUUUUAACUUCAUUCAUUACCUCUUGUUCACAGUCAAAGGCACCAGCGCUAUGCCUCAAGACUUGAUAUCUCGAACAAUCCAAUCCCAUUUUUCCCCCAAACUCUUAAACACUUUAUUCUAG